UAGAGCAACAAUGUAGUACACUGUACAUGUACUGUACAUACGCUCUGUUUUCCAGUUGAGGGUCCAAGUGGGGACCUUCGUCGCACCAAUUGCAAUCUUUCCAUUGACAAUUGGGCACGAGGAGGAAGUCAAAAGGAAGCAGUAGACUCGCACACCAGGCUCAGUGUUGAGGUGUUUAAUAGUUCCGUGAUUCGAUCAUUCACAGCACAGGGAAGUAAUUUCAUGAAUUAAGCGGGACAUACACACCGCACGUGGCAUGAUUGUAAUUGUGUAAGCGUCCUCGGCCGCUUACACAAGUGAAGAAUCAAAGCGAAGCAUAAUGCAUAUUAUUCUCAGCUCCGGAGUCAUUCAUAACUGUGGACGGCGAUGACCUGGCCCUGAACUUGCCGGUAGAGUCUGACAAAGGAGCGUUGACGGCCGCGUCCCCGGGCCAUCGAUUAUCGUCACACAGAUUGUGUAACAGAUCCCCCCGUAAAGGAGAAAGAGAUAAUCAUGGCUGAACAGGAGAAAAGCCCACUUCAUGUCCGCGUACCGGUCAUCGUACUCGUCAUGUUGUUCGGCACGGGAUCGUGGGUCGCUAUUAACGGUCUGUGGGUACAGCUUCCCCUCCUGGUCUCCCGCAACGUCCCGGAGGGCUACAACCUGGCCGCCUACCUCACUGUCAUCAUCCAGCUUGCCAACAUCGGCCCUUUGAUCUUCUCCCUGGCCAACUGUCUCAGCCCCAAGGGGCUGCACGUGGAGAUCCCGGCUAACUUCAUCAUCGUGUCCAUCGGGUGCGUCUCCACGCUGCUCUUGGUCUUCUUCUGGGACUACUACACGGUCUGGGCCAUCGACGGCGCCCUGCACAGCACGGCGCUGCUCUGCCUGGCUUUCUUCCUUUCCGUCGUGGACUGCACCUCCUCGGUGGCCUUCACGCCCUUCAUGUCAGUCCUUAAGAACUCCUACCUGACCUGGUACUUCAUCGGGGAAGGCCUGAGCUCGCUCCUGCCCAGCAUCGUGGCUCUCAUCCAAGGGGUUGGAACCAAGGAGUGCAUAGCGAACAACACCUAUAUCAACGAGACCAUGAUCGACGGCGUUGCCGUGAACCAGACGUGCACCAACUGGCUGCAGCGGGACACCCCCGAACGCUUCCCGCCCCAGAACUUCUUCGGGUUCCUCUUCGCAAUGAUGACAGCCUGCCUGGUGUCCUUCACCAUGCUGAACUACCUGCCGCUGGCCAAGCGCGAACACGUCAAGAAGUGCCGGCCCGAGACCGGGGAACCCAAGUUCGAGGACGCCCCGGUGAAAGGCGCGGAUAGCACCACCAUGCUGGUCUUGAGCGUCACGUCAUCUGGCGACGACGCGGCGUCCCAGAGGGACAUCGAUGUCCAGCCCGACGGAGACCAGACCACCGAGGGAAAGGUGGUCCGGUCCCAGCCGCCUCUAAGCCGUCGUCAGUUCGCCUACCUUUUCAUCAUCCUGGCGUUCGUGACGGCCAUGAGCAACGGGGCCCUGCCGUCCAUCCAGACCUACUCCUGCGCCCCAUACGGUCUCAACACCUACCUGAUAGCCUCCACCAUGGCCAACAUCGCCAAUCCCCUGGCGGCGUUCCUGGUGAUGCUUCUCCCCUCCCGGAGCCUGCCCUUGGUCGGUGUGACGAUGAGCGCUGGAGCUCUAGCGGCAGUGUUCUGCUUCUUAACUGCAGGGCUCAGCCCAGCUCCUCCUUUGCAGCAUGAAGUUGCCGGUGAUGCCAUCAUUAUUCUGGCCUGGAUCUUGGUCAGUGGAUUCUUUGUGUACACCAAGGCGACCAUUGCUUGGAUACUCCGUUGCCAGCCAGACAACCGCAAGCUGCUGAUUUGGUACGGUGGAGUAACUCAGAUCGGCUCCAUGAUCGGCGCUUUCGUCUUGUUCCCUAUCGUCACCUUCACGCAGUUGUUCGUGCCAUACUACGAGAACGCGUGUGACGGCAGGCCUAUUUGCGAGACCAUCGUUUAAUUAAUAGCUUCCUCAGAUAUCCGCUCCUUGCGUACUUGCUCAAGGUGUGAUUCCAUGUAAUGGUUUACAGCCUAAGGCCGGUUCAUCCUCGGUGUGAAUUGAACACGACUCGCACAAGCGCGAUUCUGUGAGGUCAGAUAAACUAGUAUCACUGUACUCUACGAAUUCGCGAAUUACUCGAGCGAAUUUCGCCAGAAACGUUUUGUAACUUCAAACGCACUUUGCGUGUAGGUUUGCCUGAAGUAUGAAGCAGCCUCCAUAGACAAGCGCUUUAGCAACUACCGACUUUGCACAAAAUGCUGUUCGGUCAAAGUGAUACAUGCCAAUUUUGUUAUCAGCAGUGCUGUCAUUAAUUGGAUUGUUUUUAUUUCGAAGUGGCUGGCGAUAAGAUACCGACGGAUUUGAAAAAAAAAGGUAUGCACGGAGCGGACACAGUUUAAGGGUUAUUCACCCUAUAGAUUUUCGUUAUUAAUAAGAAGUUUUAAAAACUUUUCUUGGCAGAAAGAAACUGGGAUGGCACUUUUAUUGAGGAAAAAAGUCCAGCUGGCCUUUUUUGUGUUCGAAAAUCAAACUUUGGAAACAAUGUUCUUCCACCCGUUUUUAUGACCAAAGCACCAGUUUCCGAGCUGUAUUGUAUUUUCAGAUUUUGUUAGUUUGUACGAACUGUAGGUUUACUGUGUCCUAUAUAUCGUAUAUCUCUUUCAAGCAUGUGAAGAUGGGACUAUUACUUUAAGAAAGUGAACAUGCAAAAAAUAAUGCAUCUGUUCUGACUGUGACGACUUGGCUGCCUUUUGUUUUUCCGUCUGUGUUUUACUAAAUUGCUGCAUUGCUUAAUGUGUGAAUCCAUUCUUGAUCAAUGAGUUUUUUGGCUGAGAAUCCUUUAAUAAAUAUAAGAGAAAUCUUC